UUAGUUAUCCAUAUCAAAGAACACUAAGAGAAGUAUAUAUAAAAAGAAAAAAAUGCUUGACAAACUUAUCGGAGGGUAUGGGUACGGCCAUCAGGGGUACGGCCACAAGAAUCACAGAAGCAGCGGCUACACCUUCGAGGAGCACAAGGAGUUCAUGUCUUAUGAAGAGUCACAAGGAGGCUACUUUGACCGUCAAACCCGCUACGAUCACCACAUGAGGCUUCCAGCCAACCACAACCGUCCACCCAUGGCUCACAUGCCUGUCUUUGACGAAGAAGAUUCAGACUCAGAAGUGGAGAAGUUCUAUAAGAGCAGUCAGAGCCACCACAAAACAGUGUUGCCACAUCACGGAAACAACCACCACCAACAGCCACCUCAUAUGAACUUCAUGCCCCCACCUCCGAUGGCUCAACCUCACCACAAUGGAAAGAUGGGUAAUGGAUGGCAGGGUAUGCAUGAAGAUGCAUACUAUGGAGGGCACGGGAUGCAGCAACUCGGUAGGUAUGGGAUGAAGCAGCACGGUGCGCAAGAGAUGAAGCACCACGACAGGCUUAUGGCUCCUCAGAUUCCACCACAUCAUGUCUACAUGAACCCAAGCCAUGGUAGUCGCAGUGAGCAUGCAGUAAUGUUUAAGGCUUCGGAGAACUGGCGAGUUAGCAACAAUAGCAGCGGCCAUCACAAGGCCAGGUGGGGGAAUAAAGGAUUCUAACUGCACGCAACUACUCUGCCGGUUCAAAAAAAGUACUAAUGAUUUGUAUACUAAAUAAUAAAUUAUAAUUAAGAUGUGCGCUUGAUGAACAUUAAUCAGUAUCGUACUAAAACCAAACAUGGGACUUUAACAAAAGAAAUAAAGUGUUCUUGUUUGAUGAACUUAUGAUAACCAACGAGUGUUGUUGUUGCAUGAGUAUGUUAAAUAAAAAUAAUGUAAGUAUUAUCAUUU